AUGCUCUGCAACGAGCUGCUCAAGGCUAAGAACGAUGAGAUCGAGCGUUGUGUCUCGUCGCGGAAACGCAAAUUGAGCCAGCUGUAUUUUGCGACCGUCAAUUGCCUAGGCACCAAGAUCUCCUUGCAGAGCGAGCAGUAUCGCCGUCAAGAGGCUGCUUUUCUCGACGCGAAUGAUAUCACAAAAGGCCGCUGGUACCACUCGAGCACCCUUCCCCUGCAGCCCAACGUCAUCAUCAAUGUCGCUGAAGGUUCGCCCACCCAUCCGCUACCCGUCGCCGACGAGGAACCCUAUCACCAUGACGUGCCUGGCUGUGAGCGCGCUCCACCGUCAGAUGGAUUAGUAUUGGAUACCCCGGAACCUAAGAGCCAUGCAGCCAUCUCGCCAGACUCCAGCAACACUUCAAGCGCACAAUUACCUGCCGUUCCGCAAGCUACGCCUGCGUCCUUGCCUUCACAAUCUCCCAGCCUGUCAUCAAGUUCAAACAUUGUACCGGAGUCCGGUAACUCGCAUGCUGGCCAUUCUCAAUUCUAUCCCAAAUCAGCUUCGUCACAGAAUCGGGGCCCCAAUUCUUCUACUAGCAUUUCAACUCUCGGCCAGCAACGCGGCGCAUCGGAAACAGAAAGAUUGAGGCCCGCAUCCAUCAAUGUUGCCCAAGAUGCCGCCCCAUCGUCGCCAAUUUCUACUGGUCCUUCUUCUGUACAUACAUCGGCCACGGAUAGAUCACCUGCCUCGACUUCAACGGAAGAAUCCGUAGCUUAUCCGGACGAAAGACCCACGACCGGCUCUCGUGAGUUAUUGACGAAUACGAUUUCUCAAUGCGAAUCCACGGUCGUGGGCAAAGUACCUACAACACCUGACGAACAAUUGAAAUUAGAGGCUGCUGUGUCGGAGAACUCGACAAUACCGCUUAAUGCCGCAGGACCCAGUGCUUCCCAUCCUGUCGUUCCCAACAACGUAUCCAACCAGAACGCUCCAGCUACUACAACACCACCAUCCGAGACACCAAUCACUCAACAAGCAGUAAUUGAUUUAUUAGAUAGAACGCCUUCCACUGGCCCGAAACCCGCAGGAAAACCCCCUGAAGAUGUUUCUGCUACGGACCAGGCCCCACGACCCGAACGUAUGAUGACGAGGGUAUCUUCCGGUGCUAUCCGUCAUAAAUCAGUUUCUGAAAUUCUUGGGGAAACCCCGCGCUCUCCAGUCUCGCCCGUGGAUAAAGUGCCUUCCGAGAAGCAUUUGCGUGAAAGAUCCUCUAUCCACCAGGGUUCUGUUACGGAAAGUCAGCUACACAUGAAAGAGAAACGAGAUCGAAAAGGGCGAAGCAAACUUUCAACAGUCGUAUUUCCAAAACUUGCAUCUCCUAGCAGGCAAAAACCCUCGACCUUUGCCAAUGCAAUCGAGACAACUAGUUCUAAUGAUCACGAUGACUACCUCUACCUCCUUUUUCUCGUUAAAGCGUAUUUUCCUCCCAGAGGUGCCCAUCUAUCUUCACUAAUUGCGACAGCACAUAAAACCUUGAGCACCGCAAAUCAUAUGACCGAUUAUGUCGAACAGGCGAACACUCGCACUCUCAAGCGGCUAUAUCAGUUACAGCACUCAAACAGGUGGCCACUGCGACAACUGCAACGCUCGGCGGAACUGCCCCGAUCUGCCUCGCACUGGGACCUACUUCUUGAUCAUAUGAAAUGGAUGCGCAUGGAUUUCAGGGAAGAACGAAAAUGGAAGAUUGCCGCUGCCAAGACAUGCGCAGAAUGGUGCGCAAGUUAUGUAUCAAGCAGUGAAGAGGACCGUGCUCUCUUGCGAGUCCGCGUUUCACCGCCGACAAUACAGGCUAGGUGUGAGAUGGACGUGGAACACAAAGAUCCCCAUGAACAUUCGACACCAGAUCUUAUUCCAUCUGCUGAUGAUGACUCUGUGAGCGACGACCUCCAUGACGAGUAUCAGCCAGACUUAGAAGAUGGCAUUGUUCCGGCCACAGUGUUUUCUCUCCCCUCUGAAGAAUUCACCUUUCGGAUGGAAAGGACAAUAGCCGCCGAGAAACUCCUCGAAGAACUUCCGUUUUACAACCCCACAAAUCCUCCAAUUGAAGGAACGUCUAUACUUCCGGAUCUGUCGUGGAAAAAGGAAAUUGCUCCGGUCUCAAAAUGGAUAGAUGGUAAAAUUCGCUUCACCGGAGAUGGGCCACCGCGUCGGAAAAGCAGAUACGAUUACGAUGAUUACGAUGACAUUGAUGAGGAUCAUGAUAACAUCAGCUCUAUAGAAAUCCCCCCAGAGCAAACUAAUGUAGCCCUUUUCCAACCAGAGAAUAAACCUAUCCGUGAUCGUGUUCACCCAAGCCACUGUUUUCGACCGCCAACUGAGCACCCGAUGCCAUCAGUAGGAUUCUAUGAGUCUCGACAAUCUUCUCAGUGGACAUGCCCUGAGGAUGACGAACUACGUCGUCUUGUUCGAGAAUACUCUUACAAUUGGUCAUUAAUCUCAAGCUGCUUGACCUCGCCCUCCAAGUAUUCCUCCGGUGCUGAACGACGCACUCCUUGGGAAUGCUUUGAGAGGUGGAUCGGAUUGGAAGGUCUGCCGGCAGAUAUGGCAAAGACACCGUACUUCAGGGCAUAUAGUGCAAGGUUGGAAGCCGCGCAGCGCACCAUUCUUGCACAGCAGCAGGCCGCCCAGCAACAACAGCAACAACAACAACAGCAACAGCAACAGCAGAAUGGCACGAGUAACCCAAUAAAUCCGGCACUUCUUCGUCGGAGAACAACUCAACCCGUGAGAGUGGAGCGAAAACGAUCUUCUAAGCACCUAACACUUCUAGCCGGCAUUAGAAAACUAACUCAAAAACGUGAAGCCGCACUUCAAAAACAAUCGCAUGGUGCACAUCUUGCCUCCUUGCGAAAGGCCAACGAGGCAAAUCAACCACGACCACCGAUUUCUACCCCGGCGGAAUUCAGUCGAUUGAAAUUCGAACGAGAACUCAAGUACCAGGAAAAGCAAGAGCAAUAUCGCCAACAGAUGAUUGCUCAUCAACGGGCCGCAUUGGCUCAGCGGGUGCAACAGCAACAGCAGCAGCAGCAAAAUCCCAAUCAAACCCAAGGCUCUAACGGUAUUGCGCGUAACCCUGUUGCUGUCCCCGCAAACACCCCUGUACCCUGUAUUCCAGCUACUGGUCCCAAUGGUCUUCAGAAUGGCAUGCCUGUCGGUGGAGCCAUUCCUCAAGCGCGGCCUCAUUCAGCCAUACAGGGAAUGCCAAACAGUGUUUCGGGGAAUUCUGCCAUUCCUCCAGGUGGUAUACCUAUGAAAAUGGCCCCACAGCCUGGCCUUCAGCAAGCUAUGAACGGACGCUCUAACAUGCCUUUACCGGCAAAUUCGGACAGUGUUCGAAUGAUGCGCGAAGCCAACCGUGUGCAUGAACAGCAGCGUCUCGUACAGUCACGGCAACAGCAGCACCAUUUCCACAAUCAGCAGCCGUUUGUUCAACAGGCCUCCCAUUCAUCUGCAAAUUUGGCUAUUCAGGGUGCUAGUUCCCCACCAAACACCACUGCGAUGAUGGGCGCAUUUCAGGCUGUGAGUGGCGUUGCAAGCCCCUCAUUCCACGCGCCCGCUCUUUCGCAAAGUGUUUCCACAGCGUCCCCUCGUAUGACGCAUCCGGCUGCCGUUUCCAAUGGCGUGCAAUCUCUCCCCACCGUGACCAGCAUCCAGAACUCCAUCCAACGCAGCCACCCUACCAUGACUGCUGACCAAGUAAACAAACUUGCCAAUGAGCGACUGCAGCAGUACCACCAGCAGCAGCAACGCAUAUCCCAGGCUGCGCUAAAUGCAGCUGCGGGUAAUAUUGGUGCAAUGCCGGCUCAAUUUCCAGUAGCACACGACAACUCGAAUAAUGUACUUCAACAACAGCAAACCUCAAACGGAGUUGCAGCCGGCGGGCCGCCACUCCAAGUUUCCCAAACCCAAGUUCCCUCUCCUCUUAUGCGUGUCCAACAAACCGGCCAACCAGGGCGCUUAGGUGUCACAACCUCACCCGCUAUUAAUGGAAUGGUCCUCCAACCAGGCCGAGCCGCAACCCCGCAAACUCAUCGCGCUGGAAGUGCACAGGGCAUACCAUCGGCGCAAAACCCUCCGGGUCAAGCUGCAGCGCCGAAGAAUAGCCCACGAGCUCCCCAGGCCCAGAUAGCCGGUUAA